AUGUUUGAAGCCCGGUUUCAGCAAGUUGACACGUUGUGCCAGAGACUAGAAGCCUUGACAAACCAACUCACCGACGCCAUUGAGAAGCUGCCAAAUAAGACGGCCGCCUCACCUCAAGAUUCCGUUACUACGCAGUUGGAGCAGGCCUCUCAAAACAUCCGGUCUCUUGUAGGCCCAUUAGACUCGGAAUCCGUAAUGUCUCGCACAGAAAUAGCAACAAGCGCACUGUCUGAUCCAGGAUGUGCCCAUUCGCAAGAUCUCCAGCUCUACCGACCGGGGGCAAAUGAACAAAGUUCGGGCGAGGAGACAGAUGACGAAUUAGCAGAGGAUACAGUUCAGCUGAACCCCAAGUAUGACCCAACCCUGGGGAUCUUUGGCUCACUCGUUCCUGACUCAUACGGGCGUUUACGAUUCAUCGGAGGAGCCAGUAAUGAACUUCUGGUCCAGGCAAUUCAGAGCCUAACCCCAGCAUCUUCCACAAUCUCGGAAUCGCCUUCUUUCUGCACACCAGGACAAACCGGACCAACUCCAAUGGAACGAAGGGUUUCAAUUGAGAUUCCACUCUUUGUGCAUGGCCUUCAGUGGCGUGAAUUACCGCACCUACCAAAGCCCGAAGAGUUAAAUCUGCCACCUCGAUACGUAGCGGAUAUGUUGGUCGGGCUGUAUUUCAACCAGUUCCAUUAUACUUUUCCGGUCUUGUACAAGCCUCAUUUUAUGGAGCAAUACAGACAACUCUACAUAGUCCGUAAGGAAACAGAAUGGGACAGGAACUUCCUCUCCGUUUUCUUCGCUGUAUGCGCCUGUGCUUCGAGCCUGGUAGCCUCGGACGGAAACAAUUCGACAUUUCCCGGCCUGGAAUACUAUGAGAGGGCCUUGUUGGUCCAUUACUCCACAACCGGUCAAGCGACAAUGGAACGCGCCCAGUGUCUUGCGCUGAUAUCCAUGUGUUGUUCUGGAUGGAAUACCCUGUCGUUAAGUUGGCAUUUUGCUGGCCAGGCAGUCAAGGCAGCUCAGGAUCUUGGGAUGCACCUGGGCAGGCUCGCACCAGUCUCUGGCCACUCGAUGAACGACACGGGGGUAUCUCCACUGGAGGCAGAAAUCUCUCGACGAAUCUGGUGGAGCAUCUAUGGUCUUGACAGGGUUACAUCGAUAUGUCUCGGGAGACCGAUGGCUAUCAACGACUGCGACUGCUGCUGCGACUUGCCAAUGCCUGUUGCCGACGAAGGGCUAGAGGCUGCUUGUAACCAGGCAACUCCCUUUGACGAUGGACUACCAGCAACGUCGCCCUUGUCGGGCUUUUUGGCAUUUGCUCAGCUUUGCCAGAUAUCUGGCAAGGUUCACAGUCUCCAGUCGCCAACCCGUAUAGCAAGUCUCAACACGCCACGAGGUCAAAAGCGGAUGAUGGCCUUGGGGAAGAAAUUGGAGAAAAUGUUGGACAUGUGGCUCAAUGGCUUGCCAGACGAAAUUCGCUUCUCUGCCAACAACUUGGACCACAGCCCAGACCUAACCAUGUGUAUCAUCUUAUUUGUCGUCCACGCAGGAUCGCUCCUCGAUCUCUAUAGGACCUUUACCAAUAGGAAACAUUCGUUUAGCCAGUCCCAAACCUUGAAGAACUGCCUCUCUGCUGCCCGUAGCUGCAUCAAUGCAACUGAGUUAGUGCGGGAUUUCGUGCCUCCCUCACAUUAUAUGGCGUUUUCUGUACAUUAUCUGACGAUUUCUGGCCUGGCUCUGGUCUGGAUGAAAGACCAGUCGCUUGGAAAACGUGAUCCAGACGUGGAAAAGUGUGUCAGAUUCUUGAAAAACUUGGAAGGAACGUGUUCCGGAGCUUCCAGGGGGAGGGCAAUCAUCGAACAGACCUUGGAUAUCUUUGCAGGCAAUCGGCAAGGUUCGUUCUUAGAGACCCAGCUUUCUGGUGCUUCUCAUAUCCAUACUCCUGAUCUGCUGAACUUGGAUCCUUCUGACGCGGACUUUAAUAACUUCUGGGGUACAUUUUGA